AACUUCUUGUCAGUUUCAAAAGAAAGAAAAGGAAAAAACUUCUUGUGGAAAAUAAGUCUCAAUGCAAUAAACGAUGUCUUGUAUCCACAUCAAAUAACAGCUCCUCUACUGCAAUAAUAGCGGACUGUCCAUCCCCAAAAUGCCACCCCAAUCACUGCCACCACCGAAACCCUACUUCUUCUACGGCCACCGCAAACCCUCCCAAAACCGCCCUGUCGUCCGCGGCGGUCUCUUCUCCAACCGCCAAAUCAUAAAACCACAAAACUCCAUAAAACCCAAAAAUCCCGUGCCGUUUGACCUCCAAAAUUGGGACCCACAAAAUCCAUGUCCCUCUUCAAAGUCUCCACCUUUAUCCCAGAACCACUCCCUUUCCACUCUUUCCCAACGCCUCUCCCCGAUCUCCCGCUUUAUCCGCGACGCUUUCCGUAAAAAUAGCAACAAAUGGGGCCCGCCAGUCGUUGCUGAACUUCGCAAGCUUCGCCGUGUGACGCCUGACCUCGUCUCCGAAGUUCUUAAAGUUGAAAAUGACCCUCAUUUAGCUUCCCAAUUCUUUCACUGGGCAGGUAAGCAGAAAGGGUACAGGCAUAAUUUCGCUUCUUAUAAUGCUUAUGCUUACUGUUUAAAUAGAAGUAGCUUUUUUCGAGCUGCUGAUCAGUUACCUGAGUUGAUGGAUUCUCAAGGGAAGCCACCUACUGAGAAACAGUUUGAGAUUUUGAUUAGAAUGCAUUCUGAUGCUAAUAGAGGGCUUAGAGUUUAUCAUGUGUAUCAAAAGAUGAAGAAAUUUGGAGUCAAACCUCGUGCUUUCUUGUAUAAUAGAAUUAUGGAUGCUCUAAUUAAAACGGCUCAUUUAGACUUGGCAUUAGUAGUUUAUGAUGACUUUAAGAGUGAUGGUUUGGUGGAAGAUAGUGUUACAUAUAUGAUUUUGAUAAAAGGGUUGUGUAAAUUUGGUAGGAUUGACGAAAUGUUGGAGGUUUUGGGAAAAAUGAGGGCAAAUCUGUGUAAACCAGAUGUUUUUGCAUACACGGCAAUGGUUAAGGUGUUGAUUGGACAAGGGAAUUUGGAUGGCUGUUUGCAGGUCUGGGAGGAGAUGAAGAGAGAUGGAGUGAAUCCUGAUGUGAUGGCUUAUGCGACUGUAGUCACAGGAUUGUGUAAAGGUGGAAGGGUAGCGGAGGGUUAUGAGUUGUUUAAGGAAAUGAAGGAGAAUAAAGUUUUGAUUGAUAGGGCAAUUUAUGGUGUAUUAAUUGAAGCAUUUGUCAAAGAUGGAAAGAUCGGAUCAGCUUGUGAUUUGUUGCAGGGUUUGGUUGAUUCUGGGUAUAGGGCUGAUUUGGGAAUCUACAAUUCACUCAUUGAAGGUCUGUGUAAUGUGAAGCGGGUUGAUAAGGCUCGUAAGCUCUUUCAGAUUAUGGUUCAAGAGGGUCUUGAACUAGAUUUCAAGACAGUGAAUCCCAUGCUGGUGUCUUAUGCAGAGAUGAAAAGGAUGGAUGAAUUUUGCAAGCUGCUUGUUCAGAUGGAGAGGUUGGGAUUUUCUGUUAUGGAUGAUAUUUCCAAAUUAUUUUCUUUUCUGGUUAGGAGAGAGGAAAUUAUUACAUUGGCCUUGGAAGUUUUUGAAGAAUUGAAAGUGAAAGGUUAUAUAAGUGUUUUAAUCUAUAAUACUCUUAUGGAGGCACUCCUCAAGGUUGGGGAGGUGAGAAAGGCAUUAUCCCUUUUUAGUGAAAUGAAGGAUUUAAAUUGUGAACCUGAUUCAAACACUUAUAGCAUUGCAGUUAUAUGUUUUGUCGAAGAUGGAAAUAUACAAGAGGCUUGUGUGUGCCAUAACAAAAUAAUCGAGAUGUCUUCCGUCCCUUCUGUUGCUGCCUAUUGUUCUCUCACGAAAGGACUUUGUGAUAUUGGAGAGAUUGAUGAAGCCAUGAUGCUUGUACGUGAUUGCUUAGGGAAUGUUACAAGUGGGCCUAUGGAGUUCAAGUACACUCUUACAGUUCUUCACGUAUGUAGAUCAGGUGAUGCUGAAAAGGUGAUUGAAGUACUGAAUGAAAUGAUGCAUGAGAAUUGUCCUCCCAAUGAGGUUAUUCUUUCUGCUAUUAUCUCUGGAAUGUGCAAGCAUGGGACAUUGGAAGAGGCAAGAAAGGUGUUCACAAAUUUGAGAGAGCGGAAACUUCUGACAGAAGCCAAGACAAUUUUUUAUGAUGAAAUAUUGAUUGAACACAUGAAGAAGAAGACAGCUGACUUAGUGGUGUCCGGAUUGAAGUUUUUUGGUCUGGAAUCUAAGUUGAGAGCAAAAGGAUGCACACUUCUCUCAACCUGAACAUGUAAUUUUGUUAUCUAUUCAUUUGCUCUUUCCUCAAUACAACUUCUACAGAGCAAGUUGUGAUAUAAUUUACAGUUCACUGUACAACAUUCAUAUAUUUAUAUAGUUGCAAUGAAGAAAUAGAGCACAUAGCUGCUCUUCCAGGAUGGUGAUCCAAAAUUGCAUAUAUUUGAAAGGAAUGAUCAACAUCACUUAUGAGCUUGGUGGACCUGGAGUAGUAAUCUUGCUUGGAUCUGCAUUCAUCUUCUGACACUUAUCAAUAGGGUUAUUAUGAAUGAUAUCUUUGUUGAAGCAGAUAAUGAUUAAUGCUUGAAGCAAGCUUCAGUGGUUUUCAUGGAUACUGAGUAGGUUUAUUUGUAUUGCUUAUGAUUUUAUGCAGAAGCGUGUUGAUAGUGACCAAUAAAUGGUGUUACAUCUGGAACUAUCACAAGUUUAAAAGGUUCAAUUUGAGGAACUUGGUAAUGCUAGGUUAGGAUAUGACGAGGAAAUUCAGAUUUUUGGUGGUGGGCUUUGAAUUUCUAUUGAGCAUGUGAUUGCUUUGGGAACUUUUUACUCAUUGGUGAUUGCUGAACCAGGUAAGCUUGCCAGCAAUUAGCAGCACCCUGGUUUCACUCUUUGACAGGAUCAAUCUGGAGACUUUUAAUUUUGUAAUUUUAGGCUUUGCUUGCUGAUUAUUGCUGUAUGGAACUUGUGGUCAGCAGAAGCCAGCUUAAAGGUGUUCCAUGUGAUGCAUUUAUGUUAUGAUAUGAGGAACCAAGGGAGUGACUUCAAGAAACAAUAGGUUUCUGUUAUUAUUUAAUUGGAAAGCAAGCCCGCAGAGAUUAGCUUUUGUGGUUCAAACUUCAGAACACAGUAGCAUCAUAUAUUUUUGCCCGUUGCACUGAUCAUUUAAAAUUUCAGGCUAUGUCUAUAAUUCUAGCUGUUGCUUUGUUUACAACUGGGUUAUGGAUGCAUUCUUGUAGCCAAGGGAGAAGGUUGAACCUCGGAGUUUGUACUUGCUUAUAAUCAAUCUGUUGAUGCUGAAAGCAGGUGUAGUUCAUGGAAUAAAAGGUUCAGAUAGAAAUCUAGUUGAGGUGCAUAUGCCGGCUUUUUCAAUGAGCUUACUUUAGAAUGAAAUAACCCCGGAAGGCUUUGAUCGGAGCUGAGAAUCUCUUCUCUAAAGCUGUGUUGGUAGUGUGAAGUGUGUCUGUAUACAGUUUGUCGGCGCAGCAAGUAUAUUAUUUGAUGUAAUUGAGGUGUAUAAAAAGUAAAGAAAUAACAGUUACUUCUGAUUC